AUGGCGGCGCCCUCGUGUGAAAUGCAGCUUGCUCCUGUCAAAAAGACUACAGUCCGAGGACCCAGGCGAGUGGCCAAUCAGAUUCCAGAUGAGAUCCUGCGGGAUGCCAAUUUGCAGGAGGCCAUCAAAGGCCUGCCUGCAAAUUACAACUUUGAAAUCCACAAGACUGUGUGGCGAAUAAGACAAGCCAAAGCAACAAGAGUGGCUCUGCAGCUUCCAGAGGGCCUGCAGUUAUUUGCAUGUGUCAUCGCAGACAUCAUCGAGAGGUUCACAGAUGCGGACACCAUCGUGAUGGGGGACGUAACAUACGGGGCAUGCUGCCUGGAUGACUUCACAGCCCGUGCAUUGGGAGCUGACUUCAUGGUGCACUAUGGUCACAGUUGUCUUGUCCCCAUAGACUCCAACACCGGAAUUAAGAUGCUCUACGUGUUUGUGGACAUUCAGAUGGACAACGCACACUUCCUUGACACGGUCAAGUUCAACUUCCCUGCCGGAGAAUCACUGGCGCUUGUCAGCACCAUUCAGUUUGUGGCUGCACUGCAGGCAGUGAGUGCAGCCCUCAAGCCUGACUACGACGUGCUGGUCCCACAGUGUCGACCUCUGUCACCAGGGGAAAUUUUGGGAUGCACUUCUCCUCGCUUAGACCGCAACGUCAGUGCCAUAAUUUAUUUGGGAGAUGGAAGAUUUCACCUGGAGUCGAUCAUGAUAGCGAAUCCAGAUAUACCUGCCUACAGGUAUGACCCCUACAGUAAAGUAUUCUCCAGGGAGUAUUACAACCACGAGGCUAUGCGCGCCUUAAGGCAAGAGGCCAUCGACAAGGCACGCUCAGCCCAGAAAUGGGGUCUCAUUUUAGGUACGCUGGGCCGUCAGGGUAACCCAAAAGUUCUGGAGCACCUGGAAUCAAGGUUGCAGUCGCUGGGCAGGCGUUUCACUCGAGUUCUUCUGUCCGAGAUUUUCCCUAGCAAGUUGGAUCUACUGCCUGAUGUCGACGCGUGGGUGCAAAUUGCGUGUCCACGGCUGUCCAUCGAUUGGGGUUCUGCCUUCUCAAAACCCCUACUGUCUCCCUAUGAGGCAGCGGUGGCCCUCCAGGAAACGGACUGGAAGGAAGUCUACCCAAUGGACUUUUACUCCAAUCAAAGCUUGGGGCCAUGGACACCCAACCACCCAGAUAACCAGUCAGCUAGGCCCCCUCGAGCCCAAGCCCAGCUCUUCACCAGGAGUUACCUUGGGGACUUUGCUGCACCCCCUCCCUCUCACCUACCCUUCUCUUCCUGCUCCAGCUGCACGGAGCCCAGCGGCACGUACGUCAGCCGCGCAGCCGCCGAUGGCGCACAGUUUCUUUAA